ACUAUUCUUGAAAAUUUUGUAGUGUUCAGAGAAAUUAAUAUGGCCAUUCCUCCUCUUACACUUAUCUGCAAGCUAUUAUGGUUACUCUUCUCUCAAAUCUGUUAUGCAACUGACACCAUCACGCAGGAUCAGCAACUUUCGGAUGAUGGCAGCACCUUGGUUUCUAACGGCGGAACCUUUGAGUUGGGUUUCUUCAAUCCCGGGAGUUCCAAUAACCGCUAUGUCGGAAUCUGGUACAAAAAAAUCUCUAUUAAAACAGUAGUUUGGGUUGCCAACCGUGACAACCCAAUAGUCAGACACAACUCAAGCAAGCUGGUCAUAAGGCAAGAGGGAAACCUCGUACUCCUCAGCAACAACAACCAGUCUCUUCUUUGGACUACAAAUGUAACAAAAAAGGCUUCGAGUUCGAGUCCAAUUGUGCAACUCUUGGACACUGGAAACUUGGUAAUUAAAGAUGGUAUCAACGAAGAGAGUGUUUUUCUGUGGCAAAGCUUUGACCAUCCUUGUGACACGCUAUUGUCGGGAAUGAAGCUUGGGUGGGACUUAAGAACUGGGCUUAACCGGCGUCUUACUUCUUGGAAAAGCUGGGAUGAUCCGUCUUCGGGAGACAUUGUUUGGGAGGUAGUGAUAGGAAACAAUCCUGAAUUGGUCAUGUGGAAGAGUAAAGUUGACUACUUUAGGACUGGGCCUUAUACUGGGAAUAUGUUCAGUGGAGUAUAUGCGCCGAGGAAUAACCCACUUUAUAAUUGGAAAUUUGUGAGUAACAAAGAUGAAGUGUAUUUCCAAUACACCUUGAGUAAUAGUUUUGUGGUUUCUAUAAUUGUUUUGAACCAAACCCUUAAUCUUCGUCAACGCCUCACUUGGAUUCCCGAUACCAAGACUUGGACGGUUUACCAAUCCUUGCCACUAGAUAGUUGUGAUGUUUAUAACACUUGUGGGCCAAAUGGAAAUUGCAUCAUUGCUGGGUCGCCAAUUUGCCAGUGCUUAGACGGGUUCAAGCCGAAAUCGCCCCAACAGUGGAACGCAAUGGAUUGGAGGCAAGGGUGUGUGCGCAGUGAAGAGUGGAGUUGUGGGGUAAAAAAUAAGGAUGGUUUUCAAAGACUUGCUAGUAUGAAACUGCCAAACACUACAUUUUCUUGGGUUAACGAAAGUAUAACACUUGAGGAGUGUAGGGCCAAAUGUUUGGAAAACUGUUCGUGCACAGCUUAUUCGAACUUGGACACAAGGGGAGGAGGUAGUGGGUGCUCCAUUUGGGUUGGUGAACUUGUUGACAUGAGAGAUGUAAAAAGCGGACAAGAUUUAUAUGUUCGAAUAGCCACUUCGGAUCCAGAUGGUAAACAUGAGCGUCAAAAAAAGGUAAUCUUGGUGGUUGCGAUCACUGUUUCGCUGGUCCUUGUGAUGUUAUUAGCAUUCUGUGUUUACAUGAUCAAGAAAAAAUAUAAAGGAAAAACAGAGAUAAGGAUGUCGAUAGAGCAGAAAGAUCAAGGCGGCCAAGAAGACUUGGAACUUCCUUUCUUUGAUCUUGCUACCAUAAUUACUGCCACUAAUAACUUUUCAAUUAACAAUAAACUCGGUGAAGGUGGUUUUGGGCCAGUAUACAAGGGUUUAUUAGUAGAUGAACAAGAAAUUGCAAUCAAGAGGCUUUCAAGAAGUUCAGGACAAGGAUUGAAGGAAUUUAGGAAUGAAGUUAUAUUGUGUGCUAAACUUCAACACCGAAAUCUUGUUAAGGUUCUUGGUUAUUGCAUUGAAGGAGAAGAGAAAAUGUUAGUCUAUGAAUACAUGCCCAACAAAAGUCUUGAUUUGAUUCUUUUUAAUUCUGUUGAAAGUAAAUUUUUAGACUGGCCAAUGCGUUUCAACAUUUUGAAUGCAAUUGCUCGGGGGCUUCUUUAUCUUCACCAUGAUUCUAGAUUGAGGAUCAUACACAGAGAUCUGAAAGCAAGCAAUAUUUUAUUAGACAAUGAUAUGAAUCCAAAAAUAUCAGAUUUUGGCCUUGCUAGAUUGUGUGGAAGUGAUCAAGUUGAAGGGAGUACAAGCAUCAUAGCAGGAACACAUGGUUACAUGGCCCCUGAAUAUGCCAUUGAUGGAUUAUUCUCUAUAAAAUCGGAUGUAUUCAGCUUUGGAGUAUUAUUGCUAGAAAUUGUUAGUGGAAAGAAAAACAAAGGACUCACCUACCAAGAUCACGAUCAUAAUCUUAUUGGUCAUGCUUGGAGAUUGUGGAAAGAAGGUACUCCAGAGCAAUUGAUUGAUGCUUGUUUGGCAAAUUCAUGUAGUAUAUAUGAAGUUGCACGGUGCGUUCAAAUUAGCCUUCUAUGUUUACAACAUCAUCCAGACGAUAGGCCGAACAUGACAUCAGUAGUUGUAAUGUUGUCGAGUGAAAAUGUUAUACCUGAACCCAAGGAGCUUGGUUUCUUAAUUAGAAGGGUCUCGAACGAAAGAGAACAAUCUUCUAAUAGACAAUCUUCUUCAAUCAAUGAAGUAACUAUGUCACUUUUAAAUGCUAGAUAAAACAUUGAUUUAUUUAUUAUUCUUAUAUUAAAUUUUGUAACUAAUAGAUUGGUUUAUUUAAACUAUGUAACAGAUCAUUGUUAAGAAAUUUAUUAGAAUGGUUUUAUUGGGUGUAAAUAGAAAUAAAUUAAUUUUGCA